AUGGAUGAAAUUUGUAAUGUAUUAAAGGAAUUUAUACGAAGUGAUAUUUCACAAAGUGAAACAAGAAGUGAUACACGAAGUGAUAUAUCACAAAGUGAUACACGAAGUGAUAUAUCACAAAGUGAUACACGAAAUGAUACACGAAGUGAUAUUUCACAAACAAUAUCAGAUUUAGACAGUGAAUAUCCAAAAGCAGAAAGUGCUAGACCGUUUCUACCAGAAGAAGAAAAAGAAUUUGUAAAACCCUUCAAUAAACAAAGAUUUAGACCUAGAACAGCUAUUUUAACAGUGUGGUUUGACUAUCCCAAAAACAUGUUCUUCCAAUUGAUACCAGCAAAAGAUAAAAUCACUUUCACGAAUAAAGAAGAAGUUUUAACAGCGGUUGAUAUUCAAGAAAUAGUUAAAGCCGGUGGACGAAUAAUUAGAAUAUUAGAUGGUAUAGUAUACAAAGAAAAUUUUAAAACCCAUAUAGAGAUUAUAUUUUAA